GCAACGGGUGGCUGCGGCGCGUGCAAUCGCCUUAUCCCGGUCUCGCCGCCAGCCACAAAGCCCCCCGAGCGCCACCGGUGAUCGCCGCGCCCACUACAUAUGCGCGUCGUCCGGUCGCCUCCGUUUCGCCGAGCGAUCCGAGGGAGCGAGCCAGGAAGACCACGAGCCAUGGCCACCCACGCAGCGCUCGCCGCGUCCCGCAUUCCGGCCACCGCGCGGCUGCACAGCAGGGCGGCGUCGAAGCAGAGGGUGGACUUCGCCGAUUUCUCCGGGCUGAGGCCGGGAUCGUGCUCCGUCAGCCACGCGGCGAGGGAGGCUUCCUUCUCCGAUGUGCUUGGCUCGCAGCUCGUCGCCAGGGCCACCGGAGAGAACGCCGUGAGGGCGCCGGCUGAGGCGAAGCUCAAGGUGGCCAUCAACGGUUUCGGCCGCAUUGGGCGCAACUUCCUCCGGUGCUGGCACGGCCGUGAGAACUCCCCGCUCGAGGUCAUCGUCGUCAACGACAGCGGAGGCGUCAGGAACGCAUCCCACCUUCUCAAGUACGACUCGAUGCUCGGCACCUUCAAGGCCGACGUCAAGAUCGUCGACGACGAGACCAUCAGCGUCGACGGCAAGCUGAUCAAGGUCGUCUCCAACAGGGACCCCCUCAAGCUGCCAUGGGCCGAGCUCGGCAUCGACAUUGUCAUCGAGGGCACUGGAGUGUUCGUCGACGGCCCCGGCGCCGGGAAGCACAUCCAGGCCGGCGCGAAGAAGGUCAUCAUCACUGCUCCGGCGAAGGGUGCUGACAUCCCGACCUACGUCCUCGGUGUCAACGAGGGGGACUACUCCCACGAAGUGGCCAACAUUAUCAGCAAUGCUUCCUGCACAACCAACUGCCUUGCUCCGUUCGUCAAGAUCUUGGACGAAGAGUUUGGAAUCGUGAAGGGAACCAUGACCACAACUCACUCCUACACCGGCGACCAGAGGUUGCUGGACGCGUCGCACCGUGACCUGAGGAGGGCGAGGGCGGCGGCGCUAAACAUCGUGCCGACGAGCACCGGAGCCGCCAAGGCCGUGGCUCUGGUGCUGCCCCAGCUGAAGGGGAAGCUCAACGGCAUCGCGCUCCGCGUGCCGACCCCGAACGUGUCCGUGGUGGACCUGGUGAUCAACACCGUGAAGACCGGCAUCACCGCCGACGACGUGAACGCGGCGUUCCGCAAGGCCGCGUCCGGCCCCCUCAACGGCAUCCUCGACGUCUGCGACGUGCCGCUCGUGUCCGUCGACUUCCGCUGCUCCGACGUCUCCUCCACCAUCGACGCCUCGCUCACCAUGGUCAUGGGCGACGACAUGGUCAAGGUGGUCGCCUGGUACGACAACGAGUGGGGCUACAGCCAACGCGUGGUCGAUCUGGCGCAUCUGGUGGCGAGCAAGUGGCCGGGAGUGGCGGCGCAGGGCAGCGGCGACCCACUGGAGGACUUCUGCAAGGACAACCCGGAGACCGACGAGUGCAAAGUGUACGAGAACUAAGGCUCUCCCGUAGGUGCAGAAACAUAUAUACAAUAUACACUGUAAUGAAGCACGCACGUGCAUUGACUGUCCCCGGGCGGAAUUUACUUCCUGUAUCGUGCUCGGAUUCGACGCAGGAACACAUGACCGUCGAAGAAGAGAUACAUUGCAGAGACGGACGGGCCAUUUUCUGUGAGGUGUGGUACUGAACUUUGGUACAGACUUCAGGUUUUCUUUCGGGAACUUGUUUCAAUUACUUCCUCUUC